AUGCGACAUUUCGAUGCCUGGAUCGUGAGAGAUCCAUAUUCAAUCUGGAAUUACUACACAACCGGCCGUCGAUGGCCAGACACAGUCCGCUCGCUUAUUGCUGAGCGCAAGAUAUGCUCACCAACUCCAGGCACCAACCCUGUUAAUUUCUAUGCCACCUCCAUAGACUCCCAAGAGAGCUGUAGCCUCCUCUCCCGCCUUCCACCCGAAAUCCGACGAAUAAUCUGGGCCUACGUAUUCGGCGCCGACGCAAUCCAUCUCGUCCAAGUCAAGAACAAGAUCCGCCACGUCCGCUGCAAAGACACCGACCCAUCUAUAACACAGCACCGCCACUGUUGCCCACUGACUCCAGCCCGCUGGCGUAUCUACGAUGGCCGUAUCCCAGGCCACUCAGACAGAUUAAUCUACCCCCACACACACGAACACCUGCCCGACAAUCUCAGCAACGGCAACGCCGCCCUCCUCCGUACCUGCUGGACCAUAUACACCGAAAGCGCAGACCUCCUCUACCACAACUCCGUUUUCGACGUUGAUGAUCUCUACACCUUCAUCGCAUUUACGAAAAUUAUCGGCUCGCGACACCGCGCCUCGAUCCGGCGCCUGACCGUACAAUGGAUGCCUGUCUGGCAACCACUAACAGGCCAAGACCACAAGGGCUCCAUAUACGCACACACGCACAGCGACGCACUGUGGAAGUCCUUCUGGGCGUGCGUGGCAUCGCUGCCAGCUCUGCAGGAACUCAAGCUGAGUCUUGAUCUAGGCCGCUUCACUCUGAUUUCGGACUCUGGGGGUGGGGCCGUCGUUGCGGGGCAGCGACUGCCGCUUCUUCUUGCGGAGCCGUGGCUUUUGCCUCUAUUGAAUGUGCGGGGGUUGCACCACUUUGACUUGGCUGUUACGGCGAGGUGUGAUGAGGCUGCAAAGGGCGUCAUUCAGGAUAAAAUGGUUAGAGAUGCCGGUGUUUUGAGGGGUCAAUUACGUGCGGUGAUUUGUUCGCCGAGGGAGGUGCCGCUGGCGGAGGUCCUGGAUUUCAGCUUUGAUCCCUGUACUUCGGAGGCUUUUACCGAGAAUGUUGCUGUGAGAAGAGCGCCUUUGGCUAUUGCGAUGGCUUGA